AAAUAGGAAUUUGCAGAUGACCCAGCAUUCAGAGAGGUCUCUAAACAUUAGAGGAUGAGAAGGGAAAAACUGAAAAUGUCUAGACCAGACCUGAGCACGGGGCCUCCGGAUGCCACCCUGGCAAUGCCCUUCACGAACGAAAGCCUGGGCAGCCCCUCCUCCUUCAUCUUGAGGGGCUUGCCUGGCCUGGAAGCUGCCCACUUCUGGCUGGCAUUCCCCCUGUGUGCCAUGUACGUGGUGGCCCUGGUGGGCAACUCCAUCGUGGUUCUGGUCAUUAAAGCCGAGCCGGCCCUCCACACGCCCAUGUACUUCUUCCUGGGCAUGCUGGCAGGGGUCGACCUGGCCCUGGCCUCCUGCACGAUGCCCAGGGUCCUUUCUCUCUUUUGGUUAGAUGCCAAGGAGAUCGCCUCCAGGACCUGCCUUCUCCAGAUGUUCUUCAUCCAUUCCCUCUCGGGCAUGGAGUCCACCAUCCUCUUGGCCAUGGCCGUGGAUCGCUAUGUGGCCAUCUGCCGCCCGCUUCAGUACUCCACCAUCCUCACCAACUCUGUGACAGUCAAAGUGGGCAUCGUGGCUUUGGUGAGAGGAGUGGCCUUCUUCCUUCCUCUGCCCUUGCUCCUCAACCGCCUGUCCUUCUGCGACAGGGGCCUCCAGCAUUCCUACUGCCUCCACCAAGAUAUGAUGAACCUGGCAUGUGACAAACACAACCUGAACAUGAACAUCGUCUACGGUCUGAUCGCCAUCAGCCUGGUGAUGGGCCUGGACUUCCUGCUCAUCCUUGUCUCCUACCUGUUGAUCCUGAAGGCCGUCCUGGGGCUGAGCUCCUGGGAGCAACGCCUCCGGGCCUCUGGCACCUGCCUGGCCCACCUCUGCAUGGUCCUGGCUUUCUACGUGCCCCUGAUUAGCCUCUCCGUCAUCCACCGGUACAGGAAAGAUGCGUCUCCUCUGCUCCAGGCCAUCCUGAGCAACAUCUACCUCCUAGUUCCACCCGUGCUCAACCCCAUUGUCUAUGGGGCUAGGACUAAAGACAUCCGGAAACGGGCCUUAAAGUACAUGAGGCUCAGCAGGAACAGGGAGCCUCACUGAAGCCGGCUGGGUGUAGAAAACCAAGCCGGAAGUUGCUCUCUUCAUCCCAGGAGGAGGCCGAGGGAGACAGGCCACAUCUGAAGUCCACGGAGUCCCAAGACAACUGCCAUCUUCUGCAGCCUUCCUGUUGCAAUGGCCAACAUCCUAAUCUUUGACCUGCCUGCUGAGGCUGAAACUCCCCUGCCGCCCCAAUCCCCAGACUGUGCAAACUGACCCCAGGAUGGACAUUACAAACCCUUCUUCUGCGCCUUUGCUGACCCAUGGACUCCACAGGUUCUUCUGGGAUGCCUGUAUGUCCCUGUCCCCCAUUAUCAGAGGAAUCCCCCCAUCACUUCAGAAGAAUCUCCCCAAGGGAGCAACGGAUAAUUCUCCAACCUCUCUAUAAAACGAGCUUCUCAUGGAUGAUGAUGAUGAUGGAGAUGAUGGAGAAGGAGGAGGAGAAGUGCUUCAGAACUUAUCAAACCUGAGAGGUCCACUGGCCUCUGCUGAACCUUCUGUCUCUUGCUUGAGGUCCAUGCAUCAUGAAGGAUUGAGAAAUGCUGGUCAAGGAAAAAUGUUGGUCAAAAAGGGGCCUCCAUGAGGGGCCGGCAGGGAGCAGCUUGGAAGAGUGACCUUCUGCCUCUUUUCUAAGGACAGUUUCCUCCUAGACUGCAUAAUACCUUGAAGGCUGCAGGAAUUCCAGAACUGAAUUCCAGAACUUCCUAAACUGAGGCUCUCCUUAACCAAGUGAAGGCCACGCAGAAAUGUUUUAUGUUCACCUUCGAAUAAACUUGCUCCUUGCAGUUG